CAGUUGAAAGGAUUGAUUUGUCUUUCAAACAAUUUUAUUUGUAUACAAUAUUUGCAGAGCAUAAAUUGAAGCAAUGGAAAAGUGCUGCCGCGUUUGCAGAGAUAACGCAAACAAAUUAGUGGACAUUUUUGACGAACAUGCAGUGCUGGAGAACGAACCCAGCCUGGCCGAAAUGCUGGCCGACUGCACCAGCUGUGAGGUAAACAAAGAUGAUGCACUACCUCAACAAAUGUGCGAAUCUUGCAUUGCGGAUGCACGCCAUUUCUACGAAUUCAAGCGUAAGUGCGAGGAGAGUCAACAGUAUUUCUGGCAAAUGCUCGAGGCAAACAAUAUGCAGCUGGCCGAAUGGGCUGAGGAUAUGAUCUCAGUGAAAAUUGAAGAGCAGCAAAUCGGAGAGGAUUUGACUGAUGAAAUGGACAAAUGUGUGUACACAGAUGCGCAGACCAAAGUCGAGGACACCUGGAACUCGGACAUUUAUUCGGCGUGUCAGUUUAAAAUCGAGUGUGAUGUGAUCUGUGAAACAAAUAGCGAAAACUUUACCCUGGACGAAUCAUUACCCAGCAAGAAUGUGGCGAAUCGCUGCUCCACCUGUGGCAAGGAAUUCCUAAGCAAAAAGAAACUCAUACUGCACGAGCGUUUUCAUGCCCGCAAGCGCGAGCACAAGUGCCAGAUGUGUCCCAAGGAAUUCGUCAAUCCCGGCAAUCUGGCGGACCACAUCCGCGCUCAUACUGGUGAGCGGCCCUACAAGUGUCCGCAUUGCGUGAAAGCCUUCACCCAGCGCGGCCGGCUCAAUGAACACAUUCGCACACACACAGGCGAACGGCCCUUCAAGUGCCUGGAGUGCCCCAAGACCUUUGCCAAUGCUGGCAAUCUAACAGUGCACAAGCGAAUCCAUUCCGGAAAGCGUCCGUACAAGUGCAAUCUGUGCCAGGCAUCAUAUGUCCAGCCGGGUGCUCUGCAAAGGCAUCGCCGGGUGCAUCUAACUGACGAGCGGCCCUUCAAGUGUGUCAUCUGCCUGAUGCCAUUCCCCAAGAGCUCCUAUCUCAAGCGACACAUGAACAGACACACAGAUGAUCCGAACUUCCUGAAGGGUAUGGGCUUGAAUCUCUGUUGAAUUUG